UUAUAGAAUGAUAGAUUCCCGGGGAUAGAUUUUCUAACGAGCGUAAACUAUUUUCCAUUUUGGAAUUCAGAAUAAUGGCACAACCAGUGGUUUCGGUGUUCCUGCGUGGGUUUCUCUCAGGAGGUCUGGUGUCCUCGGCUCUGUUUGGUAUAUAUUCAUACAAUAACAAUGCAAAUCUUGCUAUUGAGUCUGGAAUACAUGUGGAGUACCAGGAAUCCUUAACUGAUCCCAGCUAUAAAUUACGAGGGGAUCAGAUUCUCAAAUAUGGGGUCCCUGAUCGAGGCCCAGAUGUUCGUUACUAUAGGAACCAUGCCUUGACUUAUGACCAGUCUAGGAAGUCACCUAUUUGGGUUGCAGAACAUUUGAAUAAGGAGGUUUUAACAGGUUCAGCCAAUAGGAAACACAGCAAGUUCAAACCUGAUGUCAACAUACCUGAGAUGUACAAUGCUGCAAACAGUGACUUCUAUAAGAGUGGAUGGUCCAGAGGCCAUAUGGCUCCCGCUGGAGAUAAUAAAUUUGAUCAGGUUGCUAUGGAUGAAAGUUUCUACCUCUCCAACAUUGUACCUCAGGAUUUGAACAAUAAUGGCCAGUUUUGGAACAAACUGGAAAUGUACACAAGAGACCUGGUUCAGACUAAAGGUUAUUCUGAUGUGUGGGUGGUAACUGGCCCUAUUGUCAGGUCAACUAUAGAAGAAAAUGGAAAAAAGUUUGUGAAAUAUGAGGUGAUAGGAAAGAAUGAAGUUCCAGUUCCAACCCAUCUUUACAAGAUAAUACUGGCUGAAACUGGUGAUAAACAAACAAAACUCAUUGGAGCAUUUGUCGUUCCUAAUCAACCAAUCCAACAUGACCAUACUCUAAGACAAUACCAAGUGACACUCGAAGAUCUCCAAAUAUGGACAGGAAUUAAUUUCUUUCCAAAAUUAGACAAAUCAACAACUAAAAAUCUCUGUGACGUGGAUCAGUGUAAACUAUUAUCUCGGGAACAAUUCGAGUUGUAUUUUAUAGGAAGGAAACUUGACAGUGCAAGAAAUAUUUCAAGAUUGGAAAAAGUUUGGUCGGAACUGGACGAGAAAAACCUUAAACCUGACCAGUUUUUGAUAGAGCUUUAUAAUAGGAAAAAGUCUGAAAUUGAUCUUAAGGAGAAAGAAGAAUAAAUGCAAUAUAAUCAGGAUAGCUCUGAACAAUGUAUUUAUCUUAAAGGUACCAUAUAUUUAAUCAUGAUACAACAUAACUCAAAGAUGUCUUCUUUACAUAUGGGGUGUACAAAUAAAUAUGUCCUCCCUUCUUAGAUUUAACAUCAAUAUAACGUUGCAUAACUUUUUUGUCUGGAUGUAAUCUGAAUUGGCAUAUCAAAAACUAGGCUUCAUGGCACAACUCCAAAAGAAGUUUCAGAUGACUUUUUUAACUAGAUGCACUUUUAAGCACAAAAAGUUCAUACUUUUGG